AUGCCGGAGCAGGAGCUGGGACAACGAGCUGCUGCUCGCGCCCAGCAAGAGCGCGACCAGGACCAGGAGCAGCACAGCGAAGACGACGACAAGGAGCAGCUGCAGGCCCGCCAGCGCGAGGACGUGGAUAUGAACUCGCGCACACCCAUCGCCUUUGAGGCGGAUCUGCUGACGGAGCGCACGCUCUUCCUCUCUGUGAAUUUGUUCAUGAAGCGGAGGAGCUACCAGCAUCGCCGACUUCGGGAGGGCGAGGAGCAACGCAGACUGAGGAGGCACACGCCGCUCGGCGCCGAGAAGUACGAGCUCGGACCCACGUACACCUUCGACAAUCUGGCGCUGGGCAGCAAGACGGACGACUACAUUGGUGUCGUGAGCACCAUGAAGGGAAACCCAUGCGAGGACCCCGUCACGCCGCUUAUACUGGGCACGGCGCCGCUGCUGUUGCACGUCUGCCACUCGUACGAGGCCGACGACUCCAGUUGA